GAAAUGUGAAGUAGUAGUACUCUACGGUGUUUUGAAUUUUCGAAUGAUUCAAUUUCAAAGAAAACUCAAAUCAAGGGAUUUUCAUUCACUCAUCAUUAUUACCAAUACUACUAAAUACCAAUCAAUUUCGCCAACGUUUCAAACUGUUACCGUUUUUCAUUUCCGAUUCCUUUUUUUCUAGGGUUUCGUUUCGUCUUCUUUCUCCGCAAAAAUGGCAUCCUCACCUCCUUCAUUCUCUCCCUCUCGCACUACUUGUGCUUCUCUCCUCCGUCAAUUGCAGAUGAUAUGGGAUGAGAUUGGAGAGAGUGACAAUGAUAGAGACAAUAUGCUGCUUCAACUGGAGCAAGAGUGCCUUGACAUUUAUCACAGAAAGGUUGAGGAAACCAGAAAGCACAAAGCUGACUUGAAUAAGUUACUGGCUGAUGCUGAAUCUGAAGUCAGCAAUAUUGCUUCUUCUUUUGGGGAUUGCGUGUCGUUCUCUCGGGGAAAGGGCACUCUGAAGCAGCAACUAGCUAACAUCAGACCUGUCUUAGAGGACUUGAGGUCAAAGAAGGAUGAGAGAGUCAAGGAAUUUUUAAAAAUAAAGUCCCAAAUUUCUCAGAUAUGUGCUGAAAUAGCAGGCUCUGGACAGUCCAAAGAUGUCACGGAUCAAGAUCUUGAUCAGUGUGAUCUAACAACAAAGAAAUUGGGGGAACUCAAAUUGCAUCUCGAUGAACUUCAAAAUGAAAAGAUAUUGCGCCAGCUGAAAGUGAGGAAUCACAUCAGUAUUAUUAGCGAGCUUUCAGCAGUAAUGUCAGUUGAUUUUAAGAAGACUUUAAAUGAAGUCCACCCAAGCUUGAGUGAUUCAUCAAAUGGUGCACCGCUAAGCAUUAGCAAUGACACUCUUGCUACAUUAACUGGGGUUGUUCAUUCAUUAAAGCAGGAAAAGCAACAAAGGCUACAAAAGGUACAAGAACAUACCAAGUUUUUGGUAGAGUUAUGGGAUCUCAUGGAGAUGCCAAUUGAUGAGCAAAAAGCCUUUAGCCAUGUUACUAGAUUAAUUUCGGCAUCGGUUGAUGAAGUGUCAAUCCGAGGAUGCCUUUCUGCUGAUGUCAUUAAGCAGGUUGAGGUUGAAGUUCAGCGCUUAAAUGUUUUGAAAGCCAGUAAGAUGAAGGAGUUAGUGUUUAAAAGACAGAAUGAACUUGAAGAAAUUUACAGAGGAGUUCAUAUGGAUGUAGAUAGUGAAGCUGCUAGACAGAUUCUGACCAGCCGCAUAGAAUCUGGUAAUAUUGAUAUGUCUGAAUUGCUUCAAAGCAUGGAUGAUCAAAUCAAAAUGGCCAAAGAGCAAGCUCUAAGCAGAAGAGAUAUCUUAGAUAGGGUGGAGAAGUGGAAAUUUGCAUCCGAGGAGGAAAAGUGGUUAGAUGAAUAUGAAAAGGAUGAAAAUCGAUAUAGUGCAGUAAGAGGAGCACAUAAAAAUUUGAAGCGUGCAGAGAAAGCACGGAUUCUUGUCAGCAAGAUUCAAUCUAUGGUAGAGAAUUUGACUGCAAAAGUGAAGGCAUGGGAGACGGAAAAAGGAAUUCCUUUCUUAUAUGAAAAGGUUCCAUUGCUGCAAAGCUUGGACGAAUACAAUGUACAGCGGCAAUUGAGAGAAGAAGAGAAGCGGAAAUCUCGGGAGCAGAAGCGGCUUACUGAACAACUUUCUGUAGAGCAAGAAGCAAUGUUUGGUUCAAAAUCUGCAACAAAGAAGCCUCUAAGCCAGAGUACUCAUGCCAACACCAUAGCUGGGACACCAACUGGGCGCCGAGUGCAAACACCUUCAAGCCGUUAUGGAACCUCGGGCGCAAAGGAUCGUAGAGAAAGUGGCAGAAUGAAUAACAUAAUUCCAGUUAACUAUGUUGCUCUUCCGAAAGACGAUUCUGCUUCAAGGGACAGUUAAAGCUGCCUCUCAAGUUAGAGACAUGUAAAUCAGUUUUCUAUGUAAAUGUGCUUAUUCUAGAAGCUGUGUUUCCUUUUGGAGCUUUAUACGAAAGCUUUGCUCUCUACAAAUAGAGAUUGAUUUUAACAUGGGGGGUUGAUUGUGAAUUCUUACAUGACAGAUGACAAUACUUGUUGUAGGCUCGACACAGAAAUGUCAUAUAAACUGUGGGCUAAUAGAAAUAAAUUUGAGAAAACUCAUCCUCACUCUUCCACUGUAGUGGUUUGAAUAGGUAUGUAGUUUUAAACUUUUCUAGAAUUGGAGCGGAAGUUUGCUACUGAGUAAAACAUUUGAUAAAGAGAUUUUUUCAAUUUAAUUAAUAAUUCUAUUAGGUUUUGGAUGAUAAUUUGAUGAACUAUAUGCUAUUUGGAUGAUGAAUCAUUGUAAUUUGUUGAGCUAUUAGGGUUAAUAUUGUUUUAGUAUGAUA